AUGUGACUUUUCUGUGUGUUCUGGAAACUGUUGUUUUCCUUAAUCCCUCCCCUUAUUUACUUCCUGUACAGCUGCAGCUGGACACAGCCAGAGCACUGAGAGAUAUCAGGUAUUGAUGUAACUGGAGUGAAUAAAGGAACCUUCUUCCUGAACACAGACAUUGGAGCCUGUUAUCAGCAUGGACUCAUAUGUGUUAGACAAUCACUUGAACAGUUCAUAUCCAUCCUUCACUACAGGAAGUAUCAGAAUGAUACCACAGACUCCAGAAGUCUUGGACACUAAUGACUAUUCACAAACAUUGGAAAUAUCACAGCAGAUAUUUAAAGAAGAUGAUGAAUUGGCAGGAACUGAGCAGCAAUCAUUAUGUACAGAGAGUAAUUUAGUCAUCAAACAAGAGGACAACAUUUAUGCCUUAUCUAGUGAAAUGAUUAUCCCAGAGGAUAAACCACACACAUUUACUGAGUACUCAAAACAUUUUAAAGAAGAGAAAAAUCUUAAGUCUAGCCAAAUGAUUCAUACAAAUAAGAAACUAUUCAAAUGUACAGAAUGUGAGAAAAGUUUCACAUGUAAUUUGCAUCUCCUUGAACACAAUACAGUUCACACAGUUGUGAAACCUCAUACGUGUACAAAAUGUGGGAAAUGUUUCUUAUCUAAAGGAGGCCUUAAUUAUCACAAAAAGACCCACACAGGGGAGAAACCUUUCACAUGUAAUGAGUGUGGGAGAUGUUUCACAUCCAAGGUAAAUCUCAUAUCUCAUGAAAAGACCCACACGGGGGAGAAACCUUUCACAUGUAAUGAGUGCGGGAGUUGUUUCACAUCCAAGGGAAAUCUCCUAUUUCAUGAAAAGACCCACACAGGAGAGAGACCUUUCACAUGUAUAGAGUGUGGAAAAUGUUUUAAUCUAAAGAGUAGUCUGAAAACUCAUGAAAGGAUUCACACAAGGGUAAAGCCUUUCGCAUGUACAGAGUGUGGACAAUGUUUUACACAAAUUAGUAAUCUGAAAACUCAUGAAAGGAUUCACACAGGAGAAAAGCCAUUCACAUGUACAGAGUGUGGAAAAGGAUUUACACAUAAGAGUAAUCUGAAAACUCAUGAAAUGAGUCACACUGGAGAAAAGCCUUUCACAUGUGCAGAGUGUGGAAAAGGUUUUACAGUAAAGAGUAAUCUGAAAACUCAUGAAAUGAGUCACACAGGGGAAAAGCCGUUCACAUGUGCAGAGUGUGGAAAAGGAUUUACACAUAAGAGUAAUCUGAAAACUCAUGAAAGGAUUCACACAGGAGAAAAACCUUUCACAUGUUUACAAAGUGGAAAAAGAUGCCAAAGUAUGGAAGCAGCUACUUUGAGAAACUUCUUGAAGCAGCGCGGUGUCGCAGAGGAUUUCAUCCAGAAAAUGGAAAAAGAAAAUGUUGACACUUCUGUGAUAUCAUUAAUGUCUGACAAUGAGUUGGCAAAAUACAUUCCAAAAUCUGUAGAUAGAAUAGCUACAGUGUCCUUCUGCAGGAGAAGCAAUAAAUCCAGCAACACCAAUGCAUCCAGCAACUCCAGAAGAGAUCAUAUACUGAAACGAUUACGACACAGAUUAGCAUUAAUGGAAAAGACAUCUAAAAAAAAGUCAUCUACAUGGAUUGGGAACAGAAGUGCUGAGAAAACUGAAAGACGUCUAGAAAUUAGUUGGAUGGAUUUUGACAUGGAACAGCAGAGAUAUAAACAGGUGAAGGCAAUCAGAGGUGGAGGAACAAGACACCUGACUGUAGACAAAGCCAGUACUAUGCUGGACAUCAAGUCCUUGGCAGAAAUGUUUUUUUUUCCCAAUGGAUUGUCUGGAAAGAAAAAACUCUUGGAUUAUUCUACCGAAAUCCAGUCUUCUCAAAUUCAGGUAAACAGUUCAAACACUGUGGAAGAUCUAUACAUUCAAAGCAAGGUUAGAAUGCUAAAGCUCUACCUUUGCACUAAACAAGAGAAUAAGGAGCUACCUACAGACAAAGAGAUUCAAGCCGUGAGAAACUCAACUCCAGUUUUAGAUCCCACUGAAGAUGGGCAAGAUAUUUUAGCUGAAGGUGCGAUACAUGACAUGAGUGCACAAGAGAUUGACUUAGUUCUCAUAGGAGCUAAUUCAAAUUACGAGGUACAGUUGGAUGACACACAGCCUUGGAAUGGUCAGCCCACUCAGGAUGUGACUGGACUUGAAUCUUAUCCAGCAACCCCCACCUUGACCUUGCAGAGCCAUAUUAAACCUGAUCCUGCUCUCGUAACACUGCACUUGAUUGCACAGCCUAUUAGUAAUCCUGAAGCGUCUGUCAUCGAAGAGUCCACACAGAUUCUUAGCGUAACAGCACCUUCUCCUGAAAUACAAGUAAAUUAUGAACAUUUUCCCAAAACUAUCACCUUAAUCAUUAGGAGAGGCCAUUGUCUGUUUGAUCUUAUCAAAGAAUUCAAAAGUCCAGAUAUUUUAACGGCAGAAGUGAAUGUUAGAAUGCGCCUACCUAAUGGUGAUCUUGAAAAGGGAGAGGGAAUAGGUAUGUUAAUGGACUGUCUAACUGAGUUCUGGACAGAAUUCUAUGACAGGUGUACUUUGGGAGCUAAUGUUAAAGUACCAUUUAUCAGACAUGACUAUCAGUCCGAAGAGUGGCAAGCAGUUGCCAGAAUUUUUGUUGUAGGAUGGAACCUAGCCCGCUACUUUCCUGUCAGAUUGGCAGUACCAUUUCUUGAAGAGGUACUGUAUGGAAGAAGUACUAGCAGCUAUAUGGAUUCAUUCUUGCAUUAUGUUUCAGAACAAGAGAAACACGUGCUUAUCAAGGCUUUAGAAGAUUUUAAUUCAGUGGAUAUAGAUUCUUUGUUAGACAUCCUUGAUGUUCAUGAGUGCCAUCAGGUCCCAAACAAAGACACUUUUCUUCCAUUACUGUCACAGAUGGGACACAAGGCAAUAAUACAAGCACCCAUGUAUGUUAUUGAAUGUUGGCGUCCUAUUGUGAUGUCUCUGGAAAUUGCGUUACCCCAGGAAGCUCUGUAUGAUCUCAUACAGAAGAAGAUACCAACUGGAAAGUCAGUGAGAGAUCUCCUUUUGUUCCCAGACAAUAUGACACCACAGCAGCUUGGAGCUGCCCGCUACCUUAAAAGGUAUGUUGGUGAAGUUGAUCAGCAAACCCUUCAUAAUUUUCUUCAUUUUUGCACUGGAUCAAACUUGGUUGAAAAUCCUGUCACAAUCGAGUUCAUUGAAACAACAGAAUUUCAGCGCAGACCUCAGUCGCACACAUGUGGAUGCAUUCUAAAGUUGCCUAUGUGUUAUCAUAAUUACCCUGACUUCAGGAGUGACUUCAAUGCCUUACUUUCAAGCCCUGUAUGGUUAAUGGACAUAAUUUAGACUGCAAUGGCAGUUGUUACGUUUUCAGCAAUUUCCCAUAGAGCAUGUAAUUUUAAGCAACUUUCUAACUUACUCCUAUUAUCAAUUUUCUUUGUUCUCUUGCUAUCUUUAUUAGAAAAAGAUGGCAUCUAAGCUAAGGAGACAACCAAUUUUUGGUUCAGACCCUGGGCAGCACUUGUUUAUUAAUGGGUGCAUUUAGCCACCAAUCAGCAAGCACGACCCAGGUUGUGAAACAAAAAUGGGCCGGCUUCUAAACUUACAUUUUUGCUUUUCAAAUAAAGAUAGCAAGUGAAUGAAGAAAAGUGAUACUAGGAGUAAAUUGUUGAGUCAUAGGCACAGGAAAAAAUAUUGAAUCUCUUAUCAUUAUAGGCACAGGGAAAAAUAUUACAUUCCUGAGGACAGAAGCACCAUGUUUUAAAAUUGCAAAAUAUGCUAUAAAAGUCUAUUCAAUGGGUUAAAUCUGCAUUCAAAAGACUUCCUGCUCAAACCCCCAUUGUUAAAACUUUGGCUAAUAUCUAACACACCAUUUGUCAGGAAACAACCCCUGCUGUGUGUGAACACAGAAGAGAAGCCAGGUGAAGUGAUCAUCUCGUGUAAACAAAACAAAUCUAGGUUGCUAUAGUGAUAUAGUGAUUGGACAUCACUAUAGCAACCUAGAUUUGUUUUGUUUACACGAGAUGAUUACUCUUCACGCAUAUAUUGAUGACGUCAUGAUAUGCUGCUGGAGCCGGCGCAAAAACGCCCCACGUGAUUACGUGCUGACGUUCACUUCCGGUUUGGCGGAUGGCGCUUUCCCGCGGGCACUAUCGGCGUUCUGACUCCAUCCCAUAAAUAGUAGCACUGAUAAGUUAUACACUGUUUGUUUUGUCACUUGUCUGAGGACGGGGUCACUCCCCGAAAACGUUUACAUAUGCUUAAAUAAAUUUGGACUUUUUCAUACGGUGA